UUGCUCAUGGAAAAGCACAAAUGCAAGCUUUGCUCAAGGUCCUUUGCUAAUGGCAGAGCCCUUGGUGGACACAUGAAGGCUCACCUUGCUGCUCUGCCUCUUCCACCAAAACCAGAACAAAAACAAUCCUUCACUUCACUGUCAUUUUCUUCUUCUGCAUCAGAAUCACAACAAGAAGAAGAUGAUGAUGAAGUACUGGCACUCAGAGAAUCAGAGGAAAAGGCUAUGAUUUAUGGUUUGAGGGAGAAUCCCAAGAAAAGUUGCAGAGUUGCAGAUCCUAAAUUCUCUUUUGCACCAGAUACUGGUUUUCUGGUCCAAGACAGAGAGAGCGAGACUGAGUCAAAGAACCCAACUCGCCAACGAUCCAAGCGGAACCGCCGCAACCAGAACCAGAAUUCUGAAGAACCCAGAAAGGUGAAGAUGAGUUUCACGGUGCCAGCUUCACCUGAACCACCGUUGAGCUCUGUUUCCGACACUUCCCCUGAAGAAGAUGUUGCUAUGUGUCUCAUGAUGCUGUCUAGGGACAAUUGGACGAGGAACAACAACAACAAUCACAGUGUUGGAUGCAGCAGCAGCAAAGAGAAGAUCAAGUUCAAGCGUGUUCGAGGGAAGCACGGUUGUGAGAAUUGUGGGAAAGCGUUUCGAUCUUCACGAGCAUUGGGUAGUCACAGAAGUGUGUGCUGCGUUGAUGCCAAAGGUGAAGGAAAUGGUAGUGAUGAAAAGAUUUUUGAAUGCCCAUUUUGUUAUAAGGUUUUUGGGUCUGGUCAAGCACUUGGUGGACACAAGAGAUCUCAUCUCAUUGCAUCUUCAUCAUCAAAUGCUAACAAUGUUGGUUGUGGUAGAUUGAAGCAGAGCCUCAUAGAUCUUAACUUGCCAGCUCCACCUGAAGAAGAUGAUCUCAGUGUUGUUUCUGAUGCCUAACUCAGCUUCUUUGAUCUGGUUAUGUUUAGUUGUUUUCUUCUGCUGAUGGGGAAAAGUGUUUUUUUCUUCUUUUAAAGUAGGUAAGAACAUUUCAUUAUGUUUAUUGAUAGAUCAAAUGCUUUUUGAUUCUAUAAGUUAGCUGGGUAUAAGUUAUGUAUUCACCAACUGUCUCCUAUGUUCAAUUGUCCUAAGAUACAUGGUGAAUUACUGAAUUCUAGUAAAAAAGUUGAAUUGAUUUUCUUCAUCGGACUCAACUUGGUUCAUGCUUCUAAAAGUCUCUUGGUACGUCCUUUGGUUUUCAGUUCAAAACAAUAUUUAGUAACUCGUAAAUUGGAAGCGUGAUUUUCAAUGCAUAUUCACUCGAAAGAAUACGUUUGUUGAAUUAGGUGAUUUCAC